AAAACAAAUAAAGCAAAUAGAGUUAUUAACACCAAAGCUAUGAGGAGCGGAAAACUGUUGGUGCGCGUUAAUUCACAUAUUAAAUGUUCAUUAAGACCCAAAAUGAACUUUGAUUCUGUGCGCAUUUAAAGAGAUUAUGAUGAUGUUUACUUUAAAUUAGUGGGGGCCUAUAUAAGCCGACUCCUUUUGCAUUUUCAUGUUUAGUUUGGCAUAAUGUUCAUUCGGUUUUCGUUUUUGGUUAUAUUUCUUCCUCUACAACUCGGAUCCGCAAAGAGUAACUAUGACAUUGUUAUCAAAACUCUGGACUGCGCAGCUAUAUCUAAGAAAUACGUUAAUGAAGUCAAUUGUCAACUUUUGCGAAAGCGGAUUGCCAUAAUAUCGGCCCGAUUUAGUAUGAACCAAACCAUUGAUCACUUCGACAUUCAUGCCACGUUCGACUUGAUCAAAAAGGAUAAAAGUCGCAUGAGCGUGGCCGAUCUUAAGAUGGAUGGGUGCAGGUACCUAGGCUCGAUGUAUCAAAACAAUAUCGUUGGCAAAUUGUUCAAAAGACUUAAAAGUGUCAGUAACUUGCCAAGCCAAUGUCCUGUGAUGAAGGGGAAACUGUACGAGAUCCGCAACUACACAUUUAUUUCGGACGAAUUCCCACCAGGAGCUCCGGAGGCCAAAUGGCAAGUGCGAAUCAAAUUGCUGAAGCGCUCCGAACUGGUUUCAAACAUUUUCAUCGAGGGCUCUGUGGUCUAUAAUACGUGAUGUUAAUGCAUAAUGGAUGCGACUAAAUACAAAUGCUCCAUAACCAUAACCCGCUCGCUGGUGUUUCUCUCCCUUUUUUUUUUAUGUAUGCACUGGAAAAAAAUAGAUGUUCACCAACAAAGUACACGAGAGAACAUCUUAUCUAUAUAUAUAAAAUAUCAAUUGUUGUUACUUUCACUAAACUUUAACAUUAUUAAAUAUUUAAUAUUCUUCUAUUUUGCUAACAACAAUUUUUGUUUAUGUUAAGAUUAUUUCAUUUAUUAAAUAAAAUUCUUUUCUAGUAAUUUAUUUUUGGUAAGUAACGACUUUUAUAUAUGAAUACCAAAGUCGAUUUAAGAAUAAACAAGUUUUUUAAAAGUAAUACUAUAUUAGAAAAUACACGAAAUAUCCGCCAGAAUAAGAACUAUGAACAGUUCUAGUAAGUAUUUUUCUUAACAAUGUCUAGGCCUUUUUUUAGAUUUUUAAUUUGUAGGUUUUUUCCAUGUGUAUUUGGUGCGUUUACAUAUCUAUUGACUUUUACUUACAAAAAAAUUUUGUUUAUGUUAAGAUAACUUAAUAUACUAUAUAAAAUCUUUUUUGGUAUUA